AUGUUAAUGCAGCUACAAGCCUACGACAUCAACUUGGUUUACAAGAACGGAAGUGAAAUGUACAUCGCUGAUGCGCUGUCACGUGCAUUUCCUCCUGAGAUAAUACCAGAGCGAUUCAUCCAUCUGAUGUCAUCCGAGUCUUACGUCACUCACCGGAAACUCCAAGCCAUCAAAGAUGAAAUCCAUACAAACGAAACAAUGCAACUUUUGGUCAAACAGAUACAAGAUGGAUGGCCAGAUCAUAAGAUACUGGUUCCAAGUGAAGUACAACCGUACUACCCAUAUCGCCAAGAACUGACAACCGAAGGUGGGCUUAUCUACAAGGCCCAUAACAUCCUCAUUCCACCAUCAUUGCAAGCUGACACUCUCCAAAAACUCCACCAAUCACACCAAGGAAUUGAGAAGACAAAGAGAUUGGCUAGGGAGAGCAUAUUCUGGCCAGGUAUGAAUUCCCAGAUUGAAGAAUUAGUGUCGAACUGUUCCACAUGUCUUCAUCACACCAGUGCUAACCAACGAGAACCACUUCAUCCACAUGAAAUUCCCAGUCGACCCUGGCAAAAAGUCGGCACUGAUCUUUUUGACUGGAAUGGAAAACCGCAUCUAAUAGUCGUUGACUAUUACAGCCAAUACCCCGAAGUUUCUGAACUUCGAAACACGAAAGCACGGACAGUCAUCAACAAGACAAAGUCCAUAUUCAGUCGACACAGAAUCCCAGAAAGUGUAGUCUCCGAUAACGGCCCACAGUACUCAUCCGAAGAGUACAAACAGUUUGCUAACAACCACAAGUUCAUCCAUAACACUAUCAGCCCGAGAUACCCCCAGUCUGGUGGUCUACAUGAAAAGACAGUCCAAACAGUCAAGAACCUUGAAAAAUGCAAAGUCGCCAAUCAAGACCCAUAUCUCGCGUUGUUAGAUUACCGCAACACCCCUAUAGAUGGCAUCACCCCAGCACAAGCCCUAAUGAGCAGACGACUCCGCUCACCCCUUCCCAUAUCCCAAAGAAAGCUUAAUCCAAAACCUGUCAACAGAACCACUUUCCACGCAGCAUGUCAACAACAGCAACAACAACAGAGAAAACACUAUGACCACACUGCUAAGUCUCUGCCACCAUUAGAAAAAGGUGAUGCAGUGAGAUUUAAGAAAGAUCCUCAAGCAGCAUGGACCCAUGGGACGGUGAUACAAAAGCACGAAGCACCACAAAGCUACGUAAUAAAGAGUGAGAACAGGACGGAAUAUCGACGGAAUCGCAGACAUCUACGAAAGACUAGAAAACAUCAAGCUGACCUAGACACACCAGAUAUUGACGAUCCCCAAGACCCGAUCCCACAACCAACAACCAAUGCAGAAAGAAACAGCAUCCAAAUCCCAAUAGCGCCAAACCCACCUCAACUGAAGACAAGCCGUUAUGGCAGACGGAUAAACCAGAAUCCGAACUACAAGACGUGCACAAAUGGAGCAUGA